UCUAUGACAGAUGAAACAGCUACUGAAGCAGUCAAGUUAGCAUAGUGAAAGUAUACAAUGAAAAAAAUGUCGUUUAAAACCGUAGCCGCAUAAGAAUAAUCACGAAUUUAACUAAAGCCUAAGGUAUGCGGAAUGAAACGGUCAACAUCAGAAUGGAAAAUUAAUUAGACAAAGCCUCUGCCUAGACAUGAAUUGGAAGACUUGUCUUUUUGUUGUAACCUUAUAUUUGAGUGUCUGUACAGCUGCGGAAUCCCGCUCGUUCACUAUUGACUACAAGAACAAUCGCUUCUUAAAAGAUGGAGCGCCGUUCCAGUACAUAUCAGGAAGCAUCCACUACUCCCGCAUCCCACCGUAUUAUUGGAAAGAUCGGUUACUUAAAAUGUACAUGACCGGGCUGAAUGCAAUUCAGGUAUAUGUCCCGUGGAACUUCCACGAGGCUGUGCCCGGUGUGUACAACUUUGCGGGCGACCGAGAUCUCGAGCAUUUCCUGGACUUGGCCAAUCAAACGGGUCUCCUUGUAAUUCUGAGACCAGGACCGUACAUCUGCGCAGAAUGGGAAAUGGGAGGGUUACCUGCUUGGUUACUCCAAAAACCAAACAUUAUCCUUCGUUCAGCAGACACCGAUUACCUGCAGGCAGUGAGCAACUGGUUGGCAGUGUUACUCUCUAAAAUGAGACGAUGGCUCUAUCACAACGGUGGGAACAUUAUCAGUGUGCAGGUGGAGAAUGAAUAUGGAAGUUAUUUUGCCUGUGACUACAACUACAUGCGGCACCUACGCACUCUCUUCCGCUUCUUCUUGGGGGAGGACAUGGUUCUCUUUACCACGGAUGGAAACACGGACAGGGAGAUGAUAUGUGGGACACUGGAGGGCCUGUAUGCCACUAUUGACUUUGGGACAGACACCAACAUUAGUGCAGCCUUUGGACGGCAAAGGAGGUUUGAACCAAAAGGUCCGUUGGUGAACUCAGAGUUCUACACUGGCUGGCUUGAUCACUGGGGUGACAAGCACGCCGCUGUGGACUCACAGAAGGUUAGCAGAAUGCUAGGAGAAAUGCUAGCCAUGGGUGCCAGCGUUAACAUGUACAUGUUUGAAGGUGGGACCAACUUUGGUUACUGGAAUGGAGCUGAUCAUGACACGAGGUACCGCUCUGUGGUGACCAGUUACGAUUAUGAUGCUCCUCUGACCGAGGCUGGCGACCCCACUGAGAAAUUACUGGCCAUAAGAGACGUCAUAAGGCAGUUCCGUGACGUACCAGUCGGCCCAAUGCCACCAGCAACACCAAAACUAGCGUAUGGUUUUGUGACACUUCAAAAGGUUGGAAACAUAAGUGGAUUACUGGACAUUCUCUCACCCCAGGGUCCUGUUCAAUCCAAAUAUCCCCAAACAUUUGAAGAGUUAAAACAGUACUAUGGUUUCAUGCUAUACCGGACAGCUUUGCCCCGGAACCUCCUGGAAGCAACCCCCCUCAUCUCUCCACUGAAUGGUAUCCAUGAUCGUGCUUAUGUCUCUGUGAAUGGGGUGUAUCAGGGACUGCUGGAGAGAGACACUGCUCUGGUGAUGAACAUCACAGGAAAGCAGGGAGACCAGCUUGACAUAAUUGUGGAGAACAUGGGCAGGGUCAACUUUGGCAGCAAAAUCAAUGAUUACAAGGGCAUCCUGAGUAACCUCAUCCUGGGAAAAGACGUGCUCACUGAUUGGCUGAUCUACACUCUGGAUAUUGACGGUGUCAUAGCCAAUGGCUGGCCUCAGUCCAAUCAGGGACACGUCCGUCCUGGCCCUGUGAGGGAACAGGCAGACGGACCAAUGUUCUACACAGGGACACUGAAGCCCACGGGCCUGGCCUGGGACACAUUCAUAAAGCUCAGUGGCUGGACAAAGGGUCAAGUGUGGAUCAAUGGGGUGAACCUGGGCAGAUACUGGUCCAAGCGCGGUCCCCAGCAGACGCUCUACGUCCCCGGGCCCCUGCUCAGUACCAGCCAGCCCAAUAACAUCACCGUGCUGGAGCUGGAGAAGGCUCCCACCCAGACCAAGGUCCUCUUCAUGGACCGACCCCAGCUCAACGCUACAGGAGGGCAGGCCUGAUGCUUUAGCAUUACCACUGAUCACAGAUUACACUCAACAGUAUGUAUAUACAGAUACAGAAUUACGCCGAAAGGUUUGCUAAACUGUGUUCGAGUGCUCUGCUGAGGUAACGUGGUCUUCAGAAAGCCAUUCGAUCAAUCUAUUGUCAAUAUUUCUUUUUAACAUUUGCUCAGUAGUCAGUAAUAGCCUGGUACCACUUAACUCACUCAGGUAACAAUCACGUCAUUCCAAGGGGCUGUGUUAUUUCAUCGACUGAUGUGACACCAUCAGUCAUGCCAAAGACUUGCUGUGCCUGGAAAGUAUUUACAGAUGUUGUAAAUUUGCUUUUGAAAUCUGUAUGAUAGUU